AUGCCGGUACUAACCAAGCGCUACCCUAAAAACUGCCUUUUGGCUGUCGUGGACCGGUACUUGGCUGUGGUGUGCAACAUGGAGCAGGUGGUGAUGAUCCCCAGCCUUCUGCGAGAUGUGCAACUGGGUGGACAUGGUGGCCAGGCCCAGAUGGGGGCCCCUGAUCUCUACACCUACUUCACCAUGCUCAAGACCAUCCGGAUGGAUGUAGAACAUGGGCUCCUGCCUAGGGAGGAGUGGCAGGCCAAGGUGGUCAGCCGCAAAGCGGAUGAGGCUGGAAAGGAAGCUGCCGAGAUAGAGGAGGCCAAGGAAGAGGUCUCCGGGGAGCUGGACCUGGAAACCCAGUUCCAUGUGCACUUUUCCAGCCUCCAUCGCAUCCUUACUCACCUGACUGUGAAAGCUCAGGAAGUGACAAGAAAAUACCAGGAAAUGACGGGACAGGUCCUGUAG